AUGACUACCACUUACACUCAAACUUUUACUCAUAAUCACACUCGUGCAACUCCAAGACUUAUCUUGAAAACUACUAAUGAUAAUAACUCAACCGCAUCGACAACCUUGGUUACAGCUUCCACGUCUCGUUCGUCGUCACCUAUAAAGACAACCAGUUCUUCUUUAACCUUACCAAAACAUACUCGAAAGGCUCGUUCUAUGCGUAGACAUUUAAGAAAGCCUCCAUCCUUUGAUACUUAUCUUUCUUCUUCACAACCUACGCCUGUCAUUCAAUCAAACACACCACCUCAUACGCCACCUUAUUGUUCAAAGAGGUCCAACUCAUUAUCCUCCUCGUGCUCUUCGAUUUCAUCGGAGGAUAAUCCUAAUUAUCCAAAUUUUUCCAGAGAAGAAUUAAUUUAUGCUAAAAAUACUCUGAAUAUAUCUACCAGUUCACUUAAUAGUAUUCCUCAAAUUCGUACACGAAGAAGUUCAGGUGCUACUAAAUCUGUUCGGUUUUUAGGAGAUGAUGAUAAAAGUGACCGUAGUAGUAUUUCAAGUUCUUUGGUAAUUACUAAAAAUGACAUUGAUAAUGAACUUAUAAAGCCAAGCGCUUAUUAUGUUAUGUUUAACUUUAUACAGGAUCUUGUAAGAUUUAGGUUGGAUUUACCUUUUCUGUGGGCUGGUUAG